AUGGCUUCCAACGAUGCUCAAGAGAGUACUCGGCCCAAACAGCGCAUCACGACCAUCGUGCUGGCCGUGUUGGCCAUCGUGUUUUUGGUGCUCAGGCUGGUCGCACGGCGCAUGAAGCGAAUCCAUUUGGGGGCGGAUGACUGGACCCUGAUUGUGGGAUUGCUCUUUGUGUUAGUUAUUGCGGGAAUCAACCUCGCCUCUAUUCAAUAUGGCAUGGGUCGGCACACAAAUACCCUUCCUCUUGAUGAACGAGUUACAUUUUUCAAGUUGGUCUACGCCUUCGAGCCUCUCUAUAUUACAACAGCCGGCAUCAUAAAAGUCGCCGUGCUACUAAUGUACUAUCGCAUCUUCCCUGUCCGCUUCGUCAAAAUGGGCGGCUUCAUUCUCGGCGGGAUCACCCUAGCUUGGGUCAUAUCCAUCAGCCUCCUAGCUAUCUUUCAGUGCUCGCCCGUAUCCAAGGCGUUUGAUCUCACGCUUCCUGGUCACUGCAUUAGUCUCAAGGGGGCACUUAUCGGGAACGGAGUACCAAAUUUUGUGGUGGACAUAUUUAUCCUGGCUUUGCCUGCAAAACUCAUUUGGGGCCUGCAGGCAAGUUUGUGGCAUCGCUUUGUCGUAUUUGCGAGUAUCUAUCGCUUCAGCCUCAUUUUCAUCUUCGACAUAAACGACAUUGCUUGGACCCUGGCUGACGCGCAAACCUGGUGCGUGGUCGAGACCUCUGCAGGUGUCAUUUCCGCCUGUCUACCUACUAUGGCUCCUCUGGUCAAAUUCUUCGCAAAAGGCUUGGUCUCUACCACCCGCUCGCUCUCAAGAUCUAACCGGACACGGUCUGGAACUGGAGUCCUUUCACGACGUGAUGCUGAUAUGGCGGGGUCUACCAGUACGGAGAACAGGACGGUCACAGCCGGCGAUGCGCCUCGUCGUAGCAAUGAGAGUUAUGGUCUGGUAGAAAUGAGUCCUAACAACCGGGGGAACUCGCAUAUGAAAGGCAAGGGUUGGAUUGUGAUGAACGCCGAUGCUGAUAGCGAUUCAACUUAG